AUGGCUUUCAUAUCUUCUCAAAACACUCUCUCCUAUAUAUUCUGGAUUUCCUUCUAUAUUUCUUUUUCUUCAUUCAAUUUGAAUGUGAUUUGUCAAGAAACAUUGAAUAUUGGAGACACUGGAGUCACUUUGGCCACCAUAAAUGACACACUUCCAGCAUUGAAUUUCAGUUGCGGGGCUAAUCGAUUCACUGAUUUCAUUCCACAACUGUUCAACAGUACUCAAUGUAAAAAUUUGAAAGAUGCUAUGAACGUUUGUUGCGAGACACAUGACAGUUGUUACAAUACUCAAGUUGGAAAAGAUUUCUGUGAUAACACUUUCUGCGAAUGUCUCAGUAAAGCGACGGAAAACAAUUUAUGCUCGGUUGACGCAGCUGGAUUCUGUGCUGCCGUUCGACUUUUCGGUCAAACUGCAUACGACACUCUUGGUGGAUUAGAACCAGUUUCUCCCACUAUAAACUGA